AUGGUAUCAGUGAGCUGUGGAUAUGACCUGUUUGAGCCUUUGAACAAUGUUCUUGAGACUGAAUUUAUGUCCGAGUCCCAUGUGCUUUGUCCAUUAAGAAAUAGCUGCCACACUGGAGUAACGCAAUGGAUAGCAGCAUGCAGUGGAUUAUUACAGACAACCGCAGUCCAAGGCCAGUGUAGACAGAUGCUCUUUGGUAUUUUCCAGAGACGCAAGGCUGGCCAGUUCCGACUGUCUAAUUCCUGUGGUGGAUUGAUUCAAGCCAAUGGAGCCAUUACACAGCAAAACAGAUCGUUUUACAAUACAAAUAAGCAUCUUUCUGCAAAAGAUUCCAUGCAGCCAUCUGAAGAGAAAGUGGGUGCUUUCACAAGGAUAAUAGAAGCAAUGGGUUUCACAGGACCACUGAAGUACAGCAGAUGGAAAAUCAAGGUAGCAGCUUUGCGCAUGUACACAUGCUGUGUGGAGAAAACUGACUACGAGGAAUUUUUUAACAGGUGCCAAAUGCCUGAUACUUUGAAUUCAUGGUUUCUAGUAGCCCAGCUUCAUGUCUGGAUGUGUCUGGUACGAAUGAAGCAGGAGGGUCGCACAGGAAAAUACAUGUGUCGCUACAUAGUUCAUUGCAUGUGGGAAGAUGUUGAACAACGUGGUAAGGUGAUGGGGAUUAACUCUGUUGUUCUAAAGGAAGAUUUGAGAAGUAUGGUAGAAAAUUUCUAUGCAGCUCUGUUUGGAUAUGAUGAGGGAAUCUUGUCUGAUGAUCAUGUUCUGGCAGCAGCUCUUUGGAGAAACCUUUUUAACAGGAACUGUGAGGACCCUCGGCAUCUGGAGUUACUCGUAGAAUAUGUGCGCAAACAGGUGCAGCACCUGGACACGAUGAGUGGGGAGGACCUGCUGCUGACGGGCGAGGUGAGCUGGCGGCCGCUUGUGGAGAGCAACGCCCACAGCAUCCUCAAGCCCCUUUCCCCUGUUUACAAUGACGAAGGACUCUGA